AAACCUGCCAAAAUGGCUCAAGCUGUAGUUCUACUAGCGUCGUUGUUGAUCUUCAGUAAUGUGGCUCACUGUGCUUUCUCCCCAACACUUAUUGUGGAUAUGGCAAAAAUACUCAUAGACAACUACUGCUCUCCAGAAAAACUCGCCGGUUUGGAAGAGGCAAUUGACGCUGCGAGUAGUAACACGGAGAUCCUCGGCAUUUCAGACCCUGCCAUCCUUGCCGCUGUUCUGGCUGAUGGGGUUCAAAAAACGAUUGGUGAUUCCAGAGUGAACGUCACAUACGAGCCAGGUUUCGUUCCUGCAGUACCGCCGGCCAUGCCUGACAUCCCACCGGAGCAUCUGGCCGCAGUGAUCAAAGCCACGGUCAAAGUUGAGAUCCUGGAUGGCGACAUUGGCUACCUGAAGAUUCAACACAUCAUUGGUGAGGAGAUGGCUCAGAGAGUUGGACCUCUUUUGCUGGAGUACAUCUGGGACAAAGUGCUCCCAACAUCUGGCAUGAUUCUUGACUUCCGCAAUGCUAUCAGUGGUGAGAUAUCCGGAAUCCCAUAUAUUGUGUCUUACUACACUGAUCCUGAGCCAUUAAUCCACAUUGAUUCGGUGUACGAUCGCACGUCCGACCUCACCAUAGAGUUGUGGUCCAUACCGACCCUGUUGGGGAAAAGAUAUGGAACCUCCAAACCCUUGGUCAUUCUGACAAGCAAGGAUACUCUUGGGGUUGCAGAAGAUGUUGCUUACUGCCUUAAACACUUUAAAAGGGCCACAAUCGUUGGGGAGAAAACAGCUGGGGGAACUAUGAAAAUGGACAAAAUCAAGGUGGGUGACACCGACUUCUAUGUGUCUGUGCCAGUUGCUAAGUCUAUUAACCCCAUCACUGGCAAGAGCUGGGAAAUCACUGGAGUGGCACCAGAUGUUGAAGUUGCUGCAGAAGAUGCGCUUGAUGCUGCCAUUGCAAUCAUUAAACUUCGUGCUGAAAUCCCAGGGUUGGUUCAGGCGGCAGCCACACUGGUUGCAGACAACUAUGCAUUUCCAAGUGUCGGGGAUGAUGUCGCUGAGAAGCUGGGAGCUGUUGCAUCCAGUGGGGAAUACAAACUGAUCUCCACAAAAGAAGAACUGGAAGUAAAGCUCUCAGCGGACCUCCUAAAACUGUCAGGGGACAAAUGCCUGAAGACCACCAGCAAUAUUCCUGCACUUCCUCCAAUGAAUCCCACACCCGAGAUGUUCAUUGAGCUCAUCAAAGUUUCAUUCCACACUGAUGUAUUUGAAAACAACAUUGGUUACCUUCGCUUUGACAUGUUUGGAGAUUUUGAGCAUGUUGCUGCCAUUGCUCAGAUCAUUGUGGAACAUGUCUGGAAAAAAGUGAUUGACACUGACGCGCUGAUCAUUGAUCUGAGGAACAAUGUUGGUGGACCUACCUCUUCUAUCGCUGGCUUUUGCUCAUACUUCUUUGAUGGUGACAAGCAGAUUGUGCUGGACCAUGUUUAUGACAGACCCUCCAAUACCACAAGUGAUCUUCUGACCCUUACACAACUUACAGGCAAGAGAUAUGGCAGCAAAAAGAGUUUGAUAAUCCUCACCAGUGGUGUGACUGCUGGAGCUGCUGAGGAGUUUGUUUUUAUCAUGAAAAGGCUGGGACGUGCAAUGAUCAUCGGUGAGACAACCCUUGGAGGUUGUCACCCCCCAGAGGCCUUCUGUGUGGGCGAAAGCGAUAUCUUCCUGUCUAUUCCCAUCAAGCACUCGGACGCUGCUCAGGGUCCGGCCUGGGAGGGUGCUGGCAUUGCCCCACACAUCCCAGUGCCCGCUGACGCUGCCCUCGACACAGCCAAGGGCAUCCUCUAUAAGCAUUUUUCCGGCCAAAAAUAAGUCGUUCAUCUGGGCCUGUUACGGAAGCCAAAUUAUAUAGCAAAUUAGUUAUUUAGAUUAAGGA